AUGUCCAACCCGUCGCCGCCCGCCACAGCUCCCGGAAACACUGCUGGCAAUGAUGACUCUGUUCGGCCACCCACCGACGGCCACGAUCAACAACACCAAGUUCAACUACGCGCACCCGUACUGACUACAAUCCUCUCGUGUGAAGCUUCCUCGAUCACCGUGAACACUGCCAAAGCUCCCGCCCCCUUCCCGCCGCCCAAGACCGACAAGCCUCGUCCCCAUGUGUGUGCUACUUGCCAACGGUCCUUUGCCCGACUGGAACACCUGAAACGUCACGAGCGGUCUCACACCAAGGAGAAGCCCUUCGAGUGUCCCGAAUGCACGAGAUGCUUUGCGAGAAGGGACCUGCUGCUUCGCCACCAGCAGAAGCUUCACCAGACCACCACGCCCGCGUCGCGUCCGAGGAACCGCCGGGAGAGCACCAGUAGUACCGUAACCGCCCAGAGCCGAGCCCGGAAGAACAGCGUUGCAAGUGCAAAUGCCAAUGCCAACGCCAAUGCCGCCGGCAAUGCCGCGUCCAUGAGGCCGAGGGCAAACACCAUCAGCCAUGUCGACGGCAACCACAUGCAGAUGCUUGCCGCUGCCAAUGCCUCCGUCGCCAGGAGCCAGCACAUGCCGCCAGCCCACAGCCGUCACCAGAGCCUCGUCGGGUUGCCCAUGCACAACCACAACAUGGACCAUGGCUUUGCCGGCAUGUCCUCGGUCAUGGGCCAACGCGGCAUGCACCAUGGCUUGCCCAAGCUCGAGACCCACGGCAUCAGCAAUAUGGGCUUCAACGCCGGUCUUCGCACCGCUCCUCCGCUGGCCUACAACCCGGAGUAUGACUUUGAAGCGCUCCUGUAUGGCGGCCAGUCGACGAUAAAUCCCAAUGCCCUCCACUACACCGAGUCUCCUCACUCCAUGUCCAUUGAUCCAAUCUCCCCUUUUGGCAAUGCCAUGACUGAUAUACCUAGUCAGCACAUGGAAGACAACUACGACUGGCUUACCGGCUUUGAUCACCAAAUGUCGUUCAAUAACCCCAAUGAGAAUGCCGUGGACGGUUCGUCUCCAUCCGCCAUGAGCACUACCAGCCAAAGCGGCAUCAGUGAUGUGAUGCUGGACGGGUCCAACAACACCGCCAUGACAACCGGGUCCAGCUCCAUCUGGCAGUCUGCUCUCAUGGGACCUCCGCAGAUGGCCAAUCCCUUCUCCAUGGACAUGAACGGCAAUGUUUUCCCUGACCUCUUGAACGGCGCCCCCCUCUCGCCCCAGCCGCACUCGCAAAAGACCAUGAAUGACGUGUAUUUUUCAACGCCGCCGCCGUCCAUGAGCUCUCUGAGCCCCUCUAUCAUGCCGGGAUUGACCACCCAAAACUUGAAUCAGGCAAUGAACUUUGGCCCUGGCCCGGAGACGCCCACUUCGAUAUCAGGUGGACAUCAGACACAUUCUCCAGUGUCCACCAUCACUGACACCACUAGGAGCGCGAUAAUCAGUGCCUUGUCCCAUUGCGCGUCCUUUGGUGGCCGCAAGUACUCCUUUACCUCGCCAAACUCCCCAGUGUCUCCGCAAUACCAGAACAACUCCGAUGCUGUGCCGGAAAACGUGAAGAACCUGCCAAGCACACUGGACCUGCAACGAUACGUUGGAAGCUACCUGCGCUACUGUCACCCCCACCUGCCGUUUCUACAUUUACCCACGUUGUCCUUUGAUGUGCCGUCAGGGCCUAGCCAUGGGCGGAACAGCACAGUAGGCGGCAGUGGCUGCCUCAUUCUCUCCAUGGCUGCUAUUGGUGCCCUCUAUGAGAUGGAUCGCACGCAAUCGAGAGAGUUGUUUGAGAUGGCCAAGAGGAUGAUCCAACUGUACCUGGAGGAGCGCAGAAAGGUCGACAUGCGCAAGGCGGAUUUCCGGCGGACCCCAUCGUCUGACCAUGGAUCCCAAGGAUCGGAAUCGUUCAUCCAUACGCCGCUGUGGUUGGUACAGGCAAUGCUUCUCAAUGUUGUGUACGGCCACAACUGUGGUGAGAAGACUGCCAAUGACAUUGCGUCCACCCACUCCGCAGCUUUGGUGAGCCUUGCCCGAGCUGCUGGACUGUUUGAACCGAUGAAGAUCGACUCGGCCGAUGCGCAGGAGAUUCAGCUGAAUGAUGCUGAAGGCAACUGGAACGGUGGCAUCAAACCCGAAUCCGAGGAGCAGGCCGAGUGGUUGCGGUGGAAGACCAUGGAGGAGCGAAAACGCACUGUCUACGUCAUCUUCAUUCUUUCGAGCCUCUUGGUGGCAGCCUAUAACCAUGUGCCAGCGCUGACGAAUUCCGAGAUCCUGUUGGACCUUCCUUGUGACGAGGAGUUCUUCGCGGCCGAAAGCGCCGCGUCGUUCCAGUUGAAGGGUGGCGUGCGGGUUGCCGGCCACAACCUAAUGACAUUUCACGAGGCUCUGGGUGAGCUUUUGCGCACGAAUGAAAAACAGCAGAAGCUGGCGUUCAACAACGGGUACCAACCAUUCGGAUCCGCGCCCAAUGCGGUUGAUAUUCCGAAGAGUGAGCUGAAACCAAGCACUCUCGGCUGUCUGGUUCUGAUCAAUGCGCUGCACAAUUAUAUAUGGGAGACACGCCAACGUCACCACAACACGGUAUGGACCAACGAGGAAACCGAGAAAAUGCAUCGUCACAUUGAGCCGGCCCUGAAGGCAUGGCAGACGGCAUGGGCCAGUAACCCGCAUCACAGCCUGGAAAGGCCAAACCCCUUUGGCAUGGGGCCCCUAUCGGCUGAUGCGAUUCCCCUGCUGGAUCUGGCUUAUGUCCGCCUCUUUGUCAAUAUGUCGCGCACCAAGGAGAAGUUCUGGAACCGAGACUGGGAUGGACUGGCAGAGGAGCUUUCGCGCGGCAGCGAAAUAAUUCAACAUGCCGAGCACUCCCCCUCGUCCAAUGCCGAAUCCUCAGAUCCGUCGGAUGCUUCCGCCACGAGCUCAGUCUUCGUCGACUCGCCUCCCACACAAUCAUCUUCGCCUGAGUCCUCUGCCGUUAAAUUCCCUCCCGCUAUGUCCUCCCGCCCUCCAAGUUCGUCGCAAGUAUCCAGUCGAAUGACCUCGCGCCGGGAGAAACAUCUUCGCAAGGCAGCCUUCUAUGCUGCGGACUCGCUUUCCAUGUCCGACAAGCUGGGUGUGACGUUUGCCGAGUUCACCAGCCGGGAACUCCCCGUACAAUCCGCCAUGUGCUCUUUCGAUUGCGCACAGGUGCUCGCCGAAUGGAUUGCCACUCUCCAGGAUCGGGUUGGGAGAUACCUGGGUGUGCUCGGAAAAGAUGAGGUGGAUCUGACCGGGGUGCCUGCGAUCAUGCUUCUGGAGGACGAGGACUUGAAACUCAUUAGCAAAGUCCAGGAGCUUCUGGCCAGUGCUGAGAUCAAGAUGAGUAUGGAUUUCGUCAACGGCAACGCCAAUGGGAGCAUCGACUCACGCAUGCAAAUCGACCAAUCGGGCGGAUAUGCGACCAAGAUACUGCGGGUUACAGCAUACAUGCUGGAUAAAUCCGCCGUGUGGCCAGUCCUCCACCUGAUGGCGCAAUGUCUCGAAACUCAUGCGAACUUUAUGCGAUCCCGUGCCGACAAAUCUGUUGUGGCUAGCUUCUGGAAGCCGGAGAUAUUCGAGGUUCAGUGGAUGAAACACCCCAAGGGCUGGUCGAGCCAUGGCGGAGUUACAGGCGUUAUCGGCAAUCAUGGUUCGGACGCCUAUCUCACAACUUCGGGCUUCAAAAUCGCAGACAUGAUCUGUAUUGCCGAGGUCUGGUGUUAUGGGGAGUAA